GGAUGCUGGCAGGAGCUUGAAGCGUUUGCGGGGCUCAGCGCGGUUGUCUGUGAGCGCCGAGGCCGGGACCCCGUGUGCCCAGUUCAGGCCGGACCCGGUUGGGUGGCCAGGAUUUCUCUCCGAGGUGCGAGUGCCAGCCCAAACCCGGGGCAGCGCUUCGUCGCGUCCUCCCCUUGGUGAUCCGCUCCAGGUCCCCCGGCUCGGCCCGGAGCGCCGGGAGUGCAGCCCCCGGAAGUGCGCGCCGGCGGUCCCGGCGAAGAGUCUGAGAAGUGAACCGGUGCCAUCCACAUUUAGAUCCUUUACUGACUGAAACUAACAUCAACAGGAAUGACCUGCUCCUACCAGUUCAUCAGUAAGGAGGUGAAGAAGCUUUGGGUGAAGGAAAGCCGUUGUAGAGUAAGAAGAAAAGAGAGGGAGUGCGGCCACAUUGAUUCACCCGCGGCAUCUCCGGGAGGUCUCUGCUGGAUGCCACAUGAAGCUGUCCCUCAGCCACAGCACAGAGCCAGUGAUUGCGGAGCACGUGGAGAUGGCUCUGCUCAGCAACAUCCUGGCAGCCUAUUCCUUUGUCUCAGAAAACCCUGAGCGAGCAGCUCUGUACUUUGUCUCUGGCGUGUGCAUCGGGCUGGUCCUGACCCUGGCUGCCUUGGUGAUGAGGAUCUCUUGCCACACAGACUGCCAGCGACGCCCCAAAAGGAAGUUCCUGCAAGACCGAGAGAGCAGCAGUGACAGCAGCGACAGCGAGGAUGGCAGCUCCGACACCGCAUCUGACCUCUCGGUGCGGAGACACCGCCGUUUCGAGAGGACUUUGAACAAGAACGUGUUCACUUCCGCUGAGGAGUUGGAGCGCGCCCAGCGGCUGGAGGAACGCGAGCGCAUCAUCAGGGAGAUUUGGAUGAACGGCCAGCCCGAGGCACCUGGCACCAGGAGCCUGAACCGCUACUACUAGGGGAGCAGCGGGGACCCUCAAAACCUCUUGAAGCCACCUGGAAGGGAGUAGGUCUGUAGGGAUGGUGGCGGGCACAAGGAGCAGAACCCAGCCCUGCUAAAUGUUGGUGGCAGAGAAGUCUGACGUGCCCAUUUUCUAACCAGGACUGGUUCUCUCCAAAAGGAAACAUCAAGUUGGCUCAUCCAUUUCCAGGUUUUGGAAUGGUGCUGAAACACCCUCUCCAACAAUGUGGAUGGAGAUUUGAGAAACGGGACUAUGGUUUCUCUUGAUUUCUGAGGAUCUCAGAAGUUUCUACAGACUUCAUUGCUAUGUUAUUCCUUUACAAAAGGAAAGAUUCUCAUAGCAAGAGAGCUGGAGUUAUCAGGGUGAAUAGCCCCAAAAUGCAGUUUUCUAAGUGACUCCAUGUUGUGGAGGUGAUUGUGAACCAGAGAGCAUGAUCCAUGCUUAUUAUUUAAGGCUAAAUUUUUAAAAUCUUGAGUUGCAAUGGCAAUCUCUCCAUUUUAACUGACACCUCAGGGAUUAAAAUCCUAUUUUUUAGUAUAGUUCCCACCUCAUUCAUUAAAAUGAAUAGAAUUAUUGUAUUAUGGGGGAUGUGUCAGUGAACUAGCAAAUGUCAGCCUCAAAGGAUGAAGUGUUUUAAUUAUAAAUUGUUUAUAAAAAAUAUAUAUUGACAUGCAUAUUUGAAAAUGCUGCAUAAGAAUUAAAAUUGUGUGACCUCCUCCCCCCUUUGGAAAGAAGAAAGGUUAUUAUAACUUCAGAUAAUCAUGAUUUUAAACAUGUUGUUUUUAAAAAUUUUGGAUUCCUAUGAAAAGAAUGGAAAUGGGAGCUGAGGAUGGAAACCAAAGUUAGAAUGGUAUAAAAAAAAUAAAUGUUACUUAAACUCUUUUGAUUCA